AUGUCGUCGUUCAGUAACGUUUUGGACGUUACAAAGCCGGAUUUCGAUGUAGACGCAUACGUUGUAAAAUUGCUCCGGGAGAAGACACUGGAUGGAUUGGUAAAAGAAGAAGAAGAAAUGGUUUCGGCAGUGCGACGACUCGAUUCAGAUGUUCAUCAAAUUGUUUACGAAAAUUACAAUAAAUUUCUGACGGCUACAAAUACAGUUAGAAAGAUUCAAGACGAAUUCACCCAACUCGAUUCGGAAAUGAAAUCCUUGAGUCAAAGCAUGUCAUCUAUCUCGUCACUAAUCGGAAGUCUCGAUGGAGUUCUUGGUGAAAAGCGUGAUGAUAUCCUACAACUGGGCAGUUCAUACAAAGUAGUCAACAGCUUGAAGCACAUAUUUGAUCUUCCACAUGUUUUACAGAGUGAAUUCGACGAGAGGAACUAUGGUGAAGUACUCAGAAUGUUCAAGUUGGCAGAAGAAUCUCUCGAUCAGUACAAAGAUGUUCCAACGGUUCAAUCUGUAUUACAAAAGAGCAAAAAAAUAUACGACAUGACUGAAAAUCAGCUGAUGGAUCAGCUGCGGAAUCCGGCUUCUGGUGCAGAGCUGGUGUCCGAAGCUGUAGAUUUAUUGCUGACCAUCGGGAGAGAUGAGGAUGAAGUUCAAAAAGUUUUGUUAAAAUGCUCAGAACAGUCAUUGAGAGAAGAUCUGAAAGAAUUAUCAACCAAUCAUUCUGAUGUUCUGGAUCUAGUUGACAAAGCUUCGGAAAGCUUUAUUCCCAAUUUAACAUUGAUUGCUACAACUCACGACCGUCUUUUUGAGGAAAAACGGGGCGAACUUCUAACGGUUCUUCGGACCGAAAUGAAUUCUCUUCAUGCACUUGUAUCCAAAGUGUUCCUGUCAUCUAGUGACGCAAAAGAUUGCUCAAUCGUGGUUCGAGCUCUGGAUCGAUAUUUCCGAAAGAUUUCUACUUGUCGUCAUGUGAUUCCUGGAUUCGACUUCCUACCAUUAACAAUAGAACUGAUAAACGCAGUUUCCAAACAUGAGAUCGAUCUAUCACUCACCAGAAUAAAAGAGGAGUUGAGGAAUGCGUUGAACGAAGUAAGAAAAUCGUUGAUCAAUGAAGAGAAGGAUCUUUCUGCAUUGGCAAAUAAGAUUGAGCAAGUAUUUGUUCAUCAAGUCAAGGUAGAAAAAAUUGAUGUUACUUUCGCUAAUCUUCCUCCAGAUGAGUUCCGCCAAUCUUUCGCAUUAAAUGCUCAUGAACGUCUUUUGGUUCAAGCUUUCCACAAGUUUGCUGAGCUUGGAGAUGAAUAUGAAGCGGGCGCCGGAGAAGUUAGGUUUAUUGAUCCUAGAGUUCUUCUUGUUUUCGCGGUUGCUCUUCAACAUCUAUCAAACAAAUCCGCCGUGUAUCUUUUGAACUUGUGCAGAGAACAGUUCUCUUUGUCACCAGAAGAAGGCCUGACUGAUAUCGCUGUUGUGACAUCAGAAGUCAAAACCAGAGCUCAAAAAUUGGUGAGGUGUUAUGCAGAGAAGACAGGAUUAUCCAUGGGAGAAGCACUGAUCAAAGGGUGCACCAUGUUAGUUCAACCAUCAGCCACACCCAGUUCUGUUAGAGCAUCAGUUCGUAGACUUGGGGAGGAUAUGGCUGCUUGUGAUAGUGAAUUAGCCUCUUUGCUUGGAGGUGAUACAAAACCAAAAGAUACAAGAGUAAAUCGUCGUCCAAUCACAACAGCGCUCGACGCAGCUCGAGACUCUUUAUGGUGCGAAAGAAUAGAUUUUCACCUUCAAAUUCAUUUCAAUCGUGCUUCCAUCAUCACAGCUGUUGUGAAGGUUGUUUUGAAAAUCUUCAUUGAAUCUAUCCGCCUGCAAACGUAUUCAAAAUUUGGAGUGGAGCAAGUUCAAGUCGACUGUUAUUACCUACAAAGAAGUUUAGCUGCAUUAGUAUCUGAUGAGGUUGUCGUAAAUUCGAUGGUUGAUCAAGCACUAUCCUCUGCACUCAAAAGAUGUCAGGAUCCAGUCCUCGUUCAUCCGUCACGGCUAGCUCAGCUCUGUGAGCAACCACCAGCGAACCGGCCAAGUUCUCAAGCGUCUAGUCUGGGAUAUUAA